AUGCUUUUCUUCAGCUUCUUUAAGACCCUUACGAACCAAACUGUGACGAUCGAGCUCAAGAAUGACAUUCGCAUUCGCGGAACGUUGAAAUCCGUCGAUCAAUAUCUCAACAUCAAACUCGAUGAUGUCGAUGUCCUUGAUCUGGAUAAAUACCCCCAUCUGUCGUCUGUGAAGAACAUGUUCAUCCGUGGUAGCGUUGUGCGAUAUGUCAUGCUUCCCCGAUCAGAGGUUGAUGUUGGUCUUUUGGAGGAUGCUACAAGGAGAGAGGCUGCGAACCAAGCUGGAAAAGCCCGGUGA